AUGGUGCAGCCCAACGUCCCACGAAUAUCCUAUGAAGACAUCAAGAAUUCGAUGGUCGAUGGAGACACCCAUAUGUUCCUUAAUUGCCAUGAGUUUUUACCUUGGACCAAUGUCAAGCUCUUGGCCGAAAAACAUCGGAUAAGGUCAACUUUGGAGGCAUGGUUGACUCCAGAGCAGCAUAUCCAGCACCUCCUUGAAUUUUUCGCAAACAAGGCGCAGAAAGUGUUUUUGAUCCUUGUCUUCACAGAGCCUGAACAGAAUUACAUCCAGCAUUGCGUCCAGAGCCUCUACGACGCACGUUUGGAAGACAAAGACCUCCCUAUUUUCAAGUCACAAGCAGCCACGACCUCGCCAUGGUUCUAUACAAGAUAUAACAAACAGUGUGACUUCUUCAAGUCUUGGGGGAUGAAACUUCGAGAUGAUUUCUUCCGUGAUCAGUGGUCUUUCCUGGCCCCGAAAUUCGAAAGAGACACAUUCUCCUACGAGUUCUACGAAUCACAUCACCUCCCAUUCAUCGUCAGAAAAGAAGAUUAUAAGUCAACAGGCGGUCACUUUGCAGAAGUCGCGAGUGUUGGCUUACAUGUUGAUCAUCUAGACCCCCAGAGCGAUCGUAAGCAACUGAAAGUGAACAAAGAGUGCUUCCAGGUCGCCGUCAAGCGUUUGAAAAAUAAGGCCCUGCCAGACGGGAGAUCUAACGAUAUCGAGAAGUUUUUUGAAAAGGAGUUGCGAACACUAGAGAUAAUGAGAAACCUCGACAAUGAUCAUCUGAUCAAGCCUAUCGCUGCUUACAAGAAAGGCGAAUAUAAAUGCUUCGUAUUUCCAUGGGCCCAGGGGGGAAACCUGCAAGCAUUUUGGAACGAGAACAAAAACCUUCUGGAUAAGGAGCUUGUACAUUGGGCUUUGCGUCAAAUGACUGGCAUGGCAUAUGCAAUCAAGCUGCUGCACGAAAAUAACACCCGCCAUGGCGACAUAAAGCCAGCUAAUAUCCUACGGUUUCAAAUGACUGAUGACAAAAACAACUUGGGAACGCUGGUUAUCGCCGAUGUUGGUAUUUCCAAGAUUCAUGAGAAUUAUACUCGUUAUCGGACGCACCCUACCACCAGCACACAUGGGACUAUGUCAUAUGACCCCCCUGAAAUGGAUGACUAUGCAAAUGGUGUUCCAGUACCUCGCAUAUUCGAUAUCUGGGCUCUAGGUUGCGUCUUUCUCGAGUUCGUAGUUUGGCUGGUUCUUGGUCGGUCUGGGUGGAUAAACUUUCUUCGAGACAUUACAGACCAAGGUGGGGAGUGCAAGUUCUGGGAAAGCACCUCCGGGGUCUCUAAACCGCACGACAAAAUCCAGAAAUGGGUCGAGGAUAUUAAGAGUAUCGUCGGCGAGAAUUCAGCGGUUUGGAGAGUGGUCGAAUUAAUUUCGAAGAGGCUUCUCGUACCCAUGUGGUUGUCGACCGAUAAUUGCUCAAAGAAACUGAAAGAUAUCCAGAUCAAAUCCAUACACUUGUGGAAUUACAUCCAGGUCCAUCAGGUCCCUCCUUCAGGGAUCCAAGCGGAAUCAGAUAGCAUCAUGAAAACGUCCAAGAAACUCGUGGGAUGCAAACUGAAGAAAGUUAUUUUCGCUUCACGACGCAGGAGUGAAAAGCCUGACAAGAGGUAUGCCGAGCUCUUAACGGCAGCAUCUAAUCUGCAGAGGUCGAGGAAAGAAAACAUAGAAGCUCUCUCAGAAAAGCUUUUGGAGAUACAGACCCUUUCCGCGAGACUUUUGGACUCGAGGAAGAACCGCGCCGACGCCGAGGCUGUCCAUGGCGAACUGCAAAAGAUAUCCAACUGUUCACCGAAAUCCAUCUUCGGCAGCAAAUUAGCGAAUCAGGCCAAAGCAAGGCCCAUGGGUGCAACAAGCAAUCUACCAGCGUCCCCAGAUCAACAUACUAGUCUGCUCAAAGAUCAGUGGCGAAGCACAACAAACAAGAGCUGGGCGUUUGCCCUAAUCUCGCAUCUUGACUGGCCCACCUUACGACCUGCGCUUAGUGAUCAUACUACAGGAAUAUGCGACUCUUGUAUCGAUACCGACUUCCUAUCACCAGUUUUGGAUCUAGGACGGAGUCUCGAGAAUCUUACAAGAAGUUCGUACAAUUGUCGUAUCUGUAAGUUUCUGAUCGUCUGCCUAUUGAAGGCUAGACCCCAGCCAGUUGGAACAGUGAAACUUUUUAUGAACCGUGCUGGUAGCGCAUUUAGAACCUCCGCUGAUGGAAACCCCGUGAUAUCCAUUUAUGGCGACCCAGGUUAUGGUUCUGUACUCCCUCAUGCACAACUCGGGUUGCCGAUUCUGCCGGAUUUCGGUAGUGUUCAACAGUUUGAGUUGCUGAAGCAAUGGAUUUACCUUUGUGAUCAGACUCAUAACUGUUUCCCGAACAAGAUUGAAAGUAAAAUAAUAGGUAGCAUGCCAACAAGACUCGUGUACGUUGCGUUGAGCCAUUGCUGGGGAGUUUUAUCAGAGCAGGAAAGGUUCUGCCUUUACAAAAGCAAUAAGAAGCAACUCGAGCGAGAUAUAUUGUUCGAUUCGUUACCAAAGACAUUUCGGGAUGCCGUGACAGUCACCCGGAACUUAGGGAUCUUUUACCUCUGGAUCGACUCACUCUGUAUCAUCCAGGAUGACGAGCAAGACUGGGAAGCUGAAUCAGCGAGGAUGGGACCUGUGUUUAGCUCGGCUUAUUUUAUCAUAGCAGCCAGCAGCGCUACAUCUUCGCUGCAAGGAUUUCUUGGAACUAGGACGCAGAGAGCAGCCACUACGAUUAAGACUCUACAGGGGCCUGUCCAUCUAGCAGAGCCUAUUGACGAUUUUCAUGAGCAUGUUGAGCAUAGUGCUUUAAACAAGCGCGGAUGGGUGUUUCAGGAAAGAGCAUUAUCGUGUCGGACUAUACACUUCACGUCAACCCAGGUGUAUUGGGAAUGCGGAGGGGGUAUCCAAUGUGAGACACAAGCCAAGUUACGAAAUAGCCAGUCUGAGUUUAUUGGAGACCCCAAUUUCCCGGCCUACGCAUUGAACCACCACAAGGACGAUCGUAUUCGCCUCAUACAAUACCUUUAUGGAGUCUACAGCGGGCUGUGCUUGACAAAGGCAACGGACCGUUCAAAAGCAAUUUUAGGGUUACAGGAACGUUUGGCCAAUGCCUUCGAGUCUAGUGCAAAGUACGGCGUCCUCUCAGCUUAUUUUGAACGAAUGUUGCUUUGGGAGGCCGAGAUCCAAGGCGACAUGACACGAAUAGCGUAUGCACGAACUCAGACUGUCCCGUCAUGGUCAUGGAUGGCUUACGUGGGGAAGAUACGAUAUAUGGAGAUCCCUUUCAAAGAGGUGAACUGGAUGGGUAACUUUAUCGAUCCCUUUGGGUCCAAAAGCGACAGAGCUGGCUGGGAUGGACGGCUUCUUGCUUACGCAAAUCAACUGCUGAUUGACGAAGGCGAACUGUCGAAGAGAUCUAAGAUUGAUCAGAGUAACUCCAAAAUCGAUCCCAUCGGUUGGAGGUGUAUUGUGUGUGGAGAAAGCAAACUGUCCGACGACCAAGGUCGUUUUCUUCAAUAUGUUUUGCUGAUACAUCAAACACACUCGACAGAAGUUCUGGCCAGUUAUGAAAGAGUCGGCGUAGCGGUACUUCUGGAUACUCAUAUUGUUCCGGGAACUACAAAGGUCUGGGUGGUGUGA